UCAGAGAGAUCGAAGCGCUCCCGGGAGACGUGACGUCUUGUCAGUCGGCCUUUUCCCAUUCCCCCUUCUCGCCGGAGCUCCCGCAGGGAUGGCUCGUGUAGAGUUGUCGUUCAUGAUAACGUAACAGAGACCGUACGACCGACCGAUCGUUACGUUGUAAAACCGUGUACGCGUCCGUGCCACCGAUUCACGUGGAAAUUAAAAGGCUCCACCGAAAAACCGGGAGUCGCAGAAUGUAUCGUUCGGGCCAAUGGGCGGAGGUUUAGGGCGGCACAUGGCUGUUGGGGCGCCGGUUGUGCAGGGGGUGGUUUUCCCAAUGGCUAGCUCGCGCUGAACGUAAAAAGUUCACCGUUAUCGCCGCGCCGGUCAUCCCAUUCUCCGGGCACGCAAUCAUUUCGAUCGGCGAUCCCGUAUAAUUGCGACCGGUCACGGUUCGAGUAACAAGUUCACAGUGACAGUGGAAAGAGAAGUACUCCGUUAUAUAUGUCUCGAUUUCCUCGCUCGAAGAGAGGAAGCUUUGCAUUCGGCCUUUCGCGGAUGUCUCGUGGUCUCUCGUGUGUUAGCGAUUUGUAUUUUGUGCACGUAAAGAUCGGACGAAGGGACGACGGUGAUCACGAACAAUCUCUGGGGAGAUAUCUGCGAUCUUUGCGCUACGAAGACAGGGCCAGCCAGUAACGUCACAAGAGAGCGGUAAGCGAUCUUCCUAGGAAAGCCAGAAGAGUUGCCCCGCGUCUGGCGAAAAGAUGCCGCUUCCAAAGCGACUGGUGGAGCCAGUGCUGGUCGCACGCGGCACCAUACCCGAGGACUUCCCGUUGCCGUCAGAGUUAGAGGCUGUGACCAAUGGAACCUUGGCCAACACCAUCAGGCAACUGUCCAGUCUGUCGAGGCACGCCGAGGAUUUGUUCGGCGAGCUUGCGAGGGAGGCUCACGGAUUGAGCGACAGGGCGAACUCCUUGCAAGCCAGGAUAGAUCGGUUAGCCGUGAAAGUUACUCAACUCGACAGCAACGUGGAGGAAGUUUCGUUACAAGAUAUACAUAUGAGAAAAGCGUUCAAGAGUUCAGUGGUGUUCGACCAGCAAGUUGUCUCCAGGGACACCAUGCCAACUGCGAUGAUGGAGACCUACCAUCAAUGCGACACACCGCCUCCCCUUGAUAAACUUAAUGUUUACAGGGAGGACGGUAAAGACGGGCUGAAGUUUUACACGGAUCCCAAUUACUUCUUCGAGCUGUGGAGUCAAGAAAUGCUCAAGGACACAGAAAAGAAAUUACACGAUCGGGGGAAAAAGCCGCACAGGCCUCGGAACGAGGGUGGUGGUGGAGGUGGCGGCAGACACAAGAAGCGUAUAAGGCAACCGCAUAAUACAAGAGAAAGGCAGAGACAGUUAGCCGUCGGUCAUGGCGAGUACAUUAUGCCAACGCAAGGUGUUCAAUACAGGGCACCUCACGGUAUACCUGACGAAUCGUUGCUGGGUAUGGUGAUGACUGAACCACGGCCACCCAGGCCGAACAGCAUCGAACUUAGACGAAGUUAUCCGCCCGAGGAGCAACACUUGUACAGUCCACCUUCUUCUGAUCAUUAUAGAGCAGGCAAUUACGUGGCCCAGGGUUAUGAAGACAGUUUGUACGGCUCACACUAUGGCACGAGCCAAGGACAAGCGGGUAGCGAGACGUACCAGAGUCCUGGUGGUCAAAGUACCCCAAGCAGAAGUGGUAGGUCACGUCCCUCUCAACCACCACCAGCUCCACCAAGUAAUACAUCUAGCAAUUCAACGCCCACUGUAGCCUCUGCUAACAAUACACCAACGCGGGGAAGGUCAAUGAGUACGAGCAGGGACACGCUUCCACCACCACCUCCGCCGCCUGGUGAAACUAUGUCUCCACCUCCUAUGAAUGGUUCUAUACCAUCACACCUAUUGAAUAGGAAUGGAAGUCGUUCAAACAGUCCGUUACCCAGUCAUCACUCCACUCCCACACCACCAAAUCAUUCUACUCAAAUCGGACAGGAUGAAACCGAUCCCGCUCCGCAAGAUUUACCGCCACCACCCCCAACUCCUGAUCCCACACCGCCCAGACCUAUUUCACCACCUUGUAACAUUCCACCCCCUCCACCACCACCUCCGCCACCGCCUGUUGCGAAUGGACCCACGCCACCGUUGCCCCUAACCAACGGCGAUAUUGCUAAAAUGAUAGCGACUAAUCCACCGAAGCUGAAACCCCUGAAACCUUUGAAGAAUAUGGACGGGCAAUUGAGGAAGCCCGUUAAUCCAAAUAUCCCCCUUGUCGAUCCACGAAACGAUCUACUUAAAGCAAUUAGAGACGGUAUAAAGUUGCGCAAGGUGGAGAAAAUCGAGCAAAAGGAAGUGGAACGCGUGAAUGCAUUGAACGAUGUCGCGUCCAUAUUAGCACGACGUGUUGCCGUAGAGUUCAGCGACAGCGAUUCAGCGUCUGAGAGCGAGUGCGACAGCGAAGGAUGGGGCGAGCAGGAGACAAAUCUCGCGUGACCAACCUCGCUUCCAUCCACCGCCACUGCCACCUAGAAAAAUGGCCGAUAAAUUUUUCUUUGUUCUUUCUUUCAUUCUAUAUUUCGUUUGAAAACCUCGACUUUUGUUGCAUGUCGCACAAGUCACAAAUAUUUUCUCGUGGAAACCUGCUGAAUAGACAAAUUUGUUCUAAAUAUUUUACGUGCGCGGAGGCGGUGUCGGAUUUGAAAGUAGAAGCGGAAUUAACGAGUUUCGUUGCUCGGUUGUUCGCGUUAAGUUGUUUUUAGUACAGAGAGCGUAUAAAUGCAGGAACCAUUACUAUAAGUAGUACCAUUAAAAGUAUAAAUGUAAUUCACAACAACGAUUAUUUUAUUACACCAUUUCAUCACCUUUAACAUGGUUUAUUUUUUCUUUUGUUACGAACGGAGAAUAUUUAAAAUAAUUUUCUGUGUCAAAUAUGUUGAGGAACGUGUUUUUUUUUUUUUUUUUUUUUUUUUUUAUUUUAACCGCAGGCUCAAUUCGAUAGCGUGUAUGUAACUGAAAGGUAUUAUAUGGAAAUAUUUAACAUCUCUCGGACGAUUCUAGAAAUCGUCAGCCAGAAAUCCUUUAUUAUUUAUUGCAGUUAUUAAGAUCUAAUUAAAAAGAAAAAAGAAAAAAAAGAAGCUAUCGAGGAGUAAUAGUAGACUAUAAUAAGGAGAGAGAGAGAGAGUCUACAAAGCAUGAUAAACAUUUAAGUUCAUGUAAAUUUAGAAUAUUUCCGAAACACGGACACGUACACAUUUUUUCCUAUACCGCGAACACCUCUGGUUUUUGUUUCAUUGUUAAAAAUAAAAGCAUAACAAAUUUAUGACAUAGAUGUAACUACAUGUCUUUCCGAUUCUCUGAUUUUUAAGCAGAACUCAACGAAGGUAAAGAAGAUUAUAGAAUAGUAAAAAACAUGCUGAUAAGAAGAAGGUACGCACAUGAAAGCAGGCGUUGACCUCCUAUCAUUGCUCGAUGUCGGUUGUAACGGAAGUGUUUCCUUAUCGGCACAUUCCAUGCUAAUACUAAUACCAUAUAACGAAAUAAACCUUAUCCUCCGGUUUGAGCACUUAGUCAUUCACUUACUGACCAUAUACACGGGGACGAUUCUAUAUUUAUAAAUUUCUUAGCUAUUUUCAUUAAUGAAACUCACCUUAUUUCUAUUACUCAAUUAUUUCCUUAUCUCCUUAUUUCUACCUUACUCAAUCGGUUUACACUUGAAAGCUUCAGUUACUAUCAACCAUGAAGAACCGAGGUGUAAAAGCCUCAAAUAUCCUAGAGUUUACUGUCGUCUAACUAUGUGUAUGGUUGGUAGUGUCUUUAGUUAAAAACGAGUGCUCUAUGUAUAUAUACAGUGUACGUGAGAAUGUGUAUCGUACGCGAACUAAGUCAAAUCGCGGAGUUGAUAUUUUUUUUCCUCCUUCUCGUGUUUAAGUCUGUAAAAUACUUGUAUCUUAAAUGUUUUUGUAUGCUUGACGAAUAGGUAGGUACGCGCAUUCUGCCACGGCGAGAGUAACGGCAGAUGUUUUCCGAUCUUUUCUACGUUUCCAAGUGAUCUUCCAUGUCGCAGGUGACUCGCGAUAUCGUAGAGAACAAAGGUUCUUACCAGCGAAGUGUCGAAAACCAAAAUAAUACUCCGUUUACUUGUAAGAUGUAAGGGGAAUGUAAUUACCGAACGAGUGAGAGGACUCAAUAUUUUUUAGCGUUUAGAGGAAGAAAAAACUUAAUAUAGCGGGAUAUACUAUUGUUACGGUGAGGAUUACAGUUGCCAAUUUUAAGCAGAAAGGAUAAUGAUUGUGAUUUAUUUUGCAUCGAUGUUGCAGAGGUAUGAUGAAUAUUGCUAUGAUAUGUCAUGUGUAUGCAUCACCAUUCUAUAUACAGAGUGUUCUGGCAAUGGUGGUACAAUCGGGUAGCGGACGAUUCCUAAUAAAAAAAUAAAUCGGAAGCGAAUAAAGAAAAUUUUCCAAAAA